CGAAGUUUUGGGCAUGGUGGCAUCAUUCGCUCGAAUCGUCGGGGGAAGAACAAGAAGUAGCACGCACCGAUGGAGGACGAAUUGUGGUUUUAUCCUGCUAAAAAAAAGUAACGAUUUCUAGGAAAGUGAAAACUGUUUGAAAUGGCAGAUGCUUCAUUAGACUUGGAAUGUACUGAUGUUACUGAAGGGAACUACUCUGAGGAAAGAGCACAAAAAGUCGCUACCAGCAGAGACGCUGUUGUGAACGGCAUAAAUGUAUCUAAUCCUCAAACCCCUGAAUUUGAUGCUGUUACUGUCUUCACAGAUACCUCCUUAGCUCACGAUCUCCUAUUAGUCUUGCAUGAGCACAGGAAACUUGAACAGCUGACAGAUGUCACUUUGAAUUCUGGAGAUCUAAAUAUUUCAUGCCACAGGAGUGUCUUGGCUGCAAGUAGUACCUUCUUUCGAGCAAUGUUUCUUGAUGAUUUACGGGAAAGUCAUGAGAAGGUUAUCCAUCUCCAUGAUGUUAAACCAGACAUGUUGGAGAAGAUCAUAGAUUACUUAUAUUUGGGCUGUAUAGAGAUAAGAUUGUCAUUUGCAGGUGACUUAUUAGCAACUGCAUGUUUUUUGCAGUACCCAAAACUUGUAGCAGAAUGUGAAAGCUUCCUUAAGUUGCAUCUAAACCCUUCAAACUGUCUUGGAAUUCAUGAGCUUGCAGAUUUGUACAACCGGCAACACCUCAUGGAAGAUUCAUGGGAUUAUAUUUUAGCAAACUUCAUGAAUGUUUCGCUUUCAAAAGAUUUCCUUUCAAUUAAGAAAGAGAAAUUAAUUCACUUGAUAUCUGAUAAAAGACUUCGUGUUAACAGAGAAGAAAUUGUUUUAAAUGCUUGUUUAAAAUGGGUUGAUUUUGAACCAUGCAGAACCAAAGAUUUUAUAUCAGUUUUGAAGUGUGUGAAAUUAGCAUUUGUUGAUACAGCAAUUUUAAAUGAUGUUUUAAUGUCCAGUGUCCUGUUCAUUAAUGUAGAAGAAUGCAGAGACUUGAUCAAGGAUUCCUUGAAUCUCCAGGAGAUGAUGGUCAAAGAAAAGCAGAUAAGGCAACCAAGGUCUUCAAUGCUUCAAGAUGUAACUGUUGUCGUUGGUGGUAUGACAUCUGAUAGAAAGUGGCAGAAAGAAGUUAUCUUUUAUCAUGAAGAAUGCUGGUAUUUUCUGACCAAACUUCCAUUUGAUCACACUGACUACACUGUCACAUCUAUUAAGGAGGACAUGUAUAUCAUUGGUGGUUUCUGUGAGGACCAUGUAUGCAACUAUGUGUGGAGGUAUUCAUUUGCCAACAACAAAUGGAAACAGAUUUGCGGCUUGCAAAAUGCUCGUUGUAAUCAUGCCUCCGUUAGUCUUAAUGGCAAGAUUUACGUGGUAGCCGGUGAAGACGAUGCCAACUCAUUAACAAACAUUGAACUCUACGAUCCAGGAUUUGAAUCUUGGUCAGUCAUUGGGGACAUCAAUCCAAUAAAUAGUAACUUAAGUUUAGCUGCCAUGCAGAACAAGCUGUAUAUUGUAGGACCCCUUACUUUCACACGAGUUUGUUCUCUUCAGGUGUUUGAUCUUGAAACAUUGGAAUGUACUGUGAUACUAACAUCUGGUAUGACAAGGUCUAUGUUUCCUGUGGUUACUCUGCAACACAAUCUGUUUCUUCUUGGCAAUUGCAAGAUGAAAGAGGUGAUGAUCUUGGAUCCUGAUACGAUGCAGAUGGUUGCGUCAGAACCGAUGAGGUACAAACGCAAUUGCCCAACUGCAACAAUAGUUAAUGGAAAGAUAGUUGUCACAGGUGGAGAGCUUCAGCAGCAUGUCAACAAAGUUGAAUCAUUUGACCCUUUACUUAAUAAGUGGGUAGGUGAGACACCAAUGCCCACAGGACUGUGUUUCCAUGGUUGUGUUGCAGGUUUAAAGUACAUUGGCCCUCCUUUCUCUUGGAUAAAAUUGAGCACACAAUUAUAACAUUACUUUUUAGGAUUUUAUGAAAAAUAUCAGUUAUGAAAUAACUUUAUUUACUGUAGCUUCAAGGAUAAUAUAAGUUCAUUGACAAACUUUUAUGAACUUGUGUAUGAAGUAUGUUAUUUUUGUUGGUGUUAAAUUAAGAAACUUGAGUGUCAAAGUUUGCAUUAACACAAACAAUAUCUACAAUAAUAAUAUAAUUUAUUUCUGCGAAGCCAUGGAGGAACAAGGUUCCUAUACAAAAUUUGACAAUUCCAAACAUCAAAGAAAAACAAAUGAAAUAGCAAUUAAUCACACACCGGGUAGAAUUUCCGCAAUCGUAAACUUUGUACAAUGGUUGAUUUAACUAUGUUUAUAGUAUUAUCUAGUUAUUAUUAUUAUUUUUUAUGAUUUUUUUAAUUAAUUUUUUUUAAAAAGGAACUAAGGUUGGCAAAGGAUAAACAGCAGUACCAAAAGUGAAAAUAAUAUAAGGAAUGAAAUUAAAAGAUAAAUUACAAUGCUAUUAGGCAAUAGUAAUAAAUAUGCUAUGUAUAACUUAAUCUAACAUAAAUAGUGGGGGGGGGGUUUAGAGGUGGGCGUGGCCGAGCGUCUCUCUAAAGGCUUCAAAAGUGGUCCAGGGGGCAAAGCCCCAAAAUUUUAACAAUUUAGGACUUUCAAAUGCUUAUUUAAUCAAUUUUAGUGUCUACUAAUAUGUAGAUAAUAAAUAUAAAUAUUUUAGUCAAAGUAAUGAAGAGCAUGACUACUUAAUAGUACUUCGAAAAACAAAACUCCAACUAAAUACAGUAUACAAACCCUGCAUUUUACCAGUAGGCCUAGUAAUAAAACAGUUGUUUGACACUAAUAUGAGGUUUUAGUUGCAUGCAAAGUAAAGGACCACAACAAUAAUAUCAGAAUAAAUGAGGUUUUAUAAAAAAAUAUUACAGUACUUUACUUUGAAAUGCAAAGAUAGAAGGAUUAACGUGGAUUUAUAAAGUUAUAAGGAAUAUUCAAGAUUCAAGCCCAGCCCAGGUCACUUUUUUUUUUAUUGUGUGCCAUUUUGUUUGCUUUAACACAACUCAUAUUCAAAAGUCAUAUUCAAAGUGAAUAGGGUUUUGUGUGUAGGCUGUUUCUAUCAGAUUAGCCAGUUUGUGGGACUGUGGGAAAAUGACAAAAAAAAAAUCAUUAAACAAAAUAAUUUUGAAUUAUCUUGUGCAUUUUGCAGUAACAUACACAUUGACUUGAGAAUAUAAAUUAUUGAAAAUUCUAAAAAAAAUAAAGGUAUGUUGAAUUGAAAAAAUAUAAAUUUAAAAAUGAUAGAACACUUUCUGGGACUGGAAGUGGUUCCAUCAUUUUUUGUCGUAAAAUUGUUCAAUUUGAUAAUUUUUAUAUAUAUUUCCUUUCUGUUUUUCGGAGAGACUUUACAUUACAGUAUCGAUGCUCAAAAUCACUUUGAAGUGGUCCCGGGGCCGAAGCUCCGGAAACGAACAAUAUAAGGGGCUUCAAAAGCUUAUUAGAUGUAUCAUUUUGCAGUAACAUACAAAUCAGGAACUUAGCGUAGAAAUUAUUGAGUUGAAAAAAAUGUGUACCCAGAUUUUCAUACUGGAGUUAUAAAAAAAGUUUCCUAUCUUUUUCGCUAUAAAAUUAUAGGGAAACAUUUAAAAAAUACUGUUACAGUACAAUAAUUUGUAUGUUCCUUUAAAAUGAGCAAGUUAAUUUCAAGAAUAAUUUUUUAUAUUUUUUUCUACUAAUAUGUAAAAAAUCCAUUUUUUUUUCUCUCCAAAAAUUUGUAUUCUCCCAGGCGCCCUGCUGGUGCCCCCUUUCAUAUCAGUACAAUACAAAUUAAAUACAACUCAAAAGACUUAAAAUGGUACUUUUAUUGUAUAGCAGUACUGUAUCAUGCAGUGAACCAUAAAUGAUUCUCCCACCAAAAUUCUUAGAACUGAUGUUUAAUAAAGACAUCUACAAAUAUGUGUGUAGACUAGAAAAAUUAAAUGUCCUUCAAUAAAAACAUUAAUACUGUUUUAAACAUUUUCUGAAUAAGCUCUUCUUCAAAUCUGAUUAUUGUACAGUAUCUUUCCAUCAUGUUGUGGUCUCCAUGUACAACCUAUGAAUGUGUUUGGCUUAAUAACAUCCAGAUACUGUAUAUUCUUUAUAGAUAUGAAAGCCAAUGCAAUUGCUGAAUUCAUCAAUUUAAAUGCAACCCCCUCCCAAUACAUCAGUGGUCAUCUUCACCAUUUUUAUGAAAGUAAAAUACAUACUCUUUUCUCUGACCCCUCCCUCCACCAAAAGAGUAAAAUAAUGAUUGUUGUUAUUUCAAGAUCAUCAUUUUUCGAAUUUUCAUGAGAAAAAAAAAGAAAAAAAAUAUGAUCCCUUAAACUUGAAACGAACUAUGAAAUUUCAAAUUGUGACAUUUUGAACUGUUUAAACUAAAUAAAAUAUAGUAAACGUAUAUGGAACUUUUACAGUAAUCAAAUUUCAAACUGAAAAAGAAAAUAAAAACUAUCCAAUGAUUGGAAAAAAAUCUUUGGAAACAGAGUACAAGCUUUUUAUUUGCUUGCAUGACGACGCUUCGCUCAUGUGUGACUGACCCAGGGGCGGAUCCAGAGAUGUCCAAAAGUGGGGCCGAUCGAGAUAACACUACUCUAGGGGAUCCUGGGGCAUGCCCCCGCGAAAUUCUUGUAUUCUAGAUGCCCGAAAAUAAUCUCUGAAUCGUUUUCGGAGAUCAAGAUUUUCUUUUUCUGACCUUCCCAAAGGGGGGGGGGGUAAAUCCACCCCUGCUAACCUAUGUUCUCUGCACAACGUAAAUUGCAUCCUAGAAUUCAUGCGACAAGAAAUUAAUGUUCUCGAAUGCACAGAUGACUUUUAGUGAGGUCAUUACAUCGAAAGUUCCCAACUAUUGAUGAACAUGCCACGACCAAUCUCAGGACACGGAUCAAAAUAAGGCUAUUUACUAUGUCCAACCAAAAAUAUGGAUCAAAUUGAGACUAUGUGCUUCAGCCGAUUACAAGGUAUACCAUCAAAUAAGGCUGUGUGUACUACAGCCAAACACAAACAAGCAUCCAUAAUAGAAGCAAUUAUAAAAUGAUGGAUUAUAAAACAGUGAUUUUAAAAAGGUUUGCAGCUAUAAAUGAAAACAUAAAAAAAUUAAGAUUAUGAGAAUCUAAAAAACAAGAUUACAAAUUUUUAACAGUUGAAAUACAAUCUUAUUACUAUUGGCAUAUUAAUAGUUAAUAUGCUAAUUGGAAGACAAUAUAAUUAUUUUUAUACUACAGAUACAUUGUGACAACAAAUAUCAUGUGUAGAUUAUAAAUAUACAAAACUGAUUUCAGUUGCUUCAAAUUCAAGUAAUUAUGUUUUGAUCCAGAUACAUGAUUGUUUUUGACUUUUAAAUCAUGCUUU